AUGGAUUUAUCGUCACCAUUGGCUCGUAUUGACAUACACACCCAUAUUUUACCAUCCAAGUUAAGUACGAUUGCUCAAAAAUAUCUUGAAUUACGACCACAUGCCGAUGGUGAUCCUCGAUUGGAUAUGUUUAAAGAUGGAAAAUUUUUUCGAACUAUUGAACCAAAUUGUUUUGAUAUUAAUGUUCGUCUUCGUGAAAUGGAUGAAAAAAAUAUUUCUAUGCAAGUUCUUUCAACAAUACCAGUUUUAUUUAAUUAUUCAUCUAAAAAUUAUCAAGAUGUUCUUGAACUUUCACGUGAAUUAAAUAAUCAUAUAUCAUCUAUUUGUCAACAACAUCCAACACGUUUUAUUGGUCUUGGUACAGUUCCAUUACAAGCACCUCGUUUAGCUAUUGAUGAACUUCGUCGAUGUGUUAAUGAAUUAGGUUUAAAAGGUGUACAAAUAGGUACACAUGUUAAUGAAUGGAAUUUAGAUAAUGAAGAACUUGAUCAAUUUUGGUGUGAAGUUGAAAAACUUGAUGCUUGUAUAUUCAUUCAUCCAUGGGAAAUGCCGACAGGAGGCCGUUUUGAUGCUUAUUGGAUGCCAUGGUUAUGUGGAAUGCCUUUUGAAACAACAUCGGCUAUAUGUUCAAUUUUAAUGGGUGGUGUUUUAGAAAGAUAUCCUAAACUUCGAUUAGCAUUUGCUCAUGGUGGUGGUUCCUUUCCAUUUACUGUUGGUCGUAUUGAUCAUGGACAUGAAUGUCGACCAGAUUUAUGUGCAUAUAAAAAUAGUCAUUUACCAUCAUCUUAUAUUGGUCGAUUUUAUGUUGAUUCACUUGUUCAUGAUACUCGGGCAUUAAAAUUUCUUGUUGAAAUAAUGAACGAAAAUUAUAUUAUGCUUGGAUCGGAUUGCCCAUUUCCUCUUGGUGAAAGUAAACCUGGCGAAUUAAUAAUAAAAACUUUUGACAAUGAUUUAGAUACAUGUAAAAAAAUAUUAAACAGUAAUGCACGACGUUUUUUUAAAAUUUAA